UGUGUCAGAGCAUUUUUCAUCAUGUAAAUGCACUGAGAGAGGAAGAGAGAGAGAGAGAGCGCAAAAGAGAGAGAAGGAGAGUGAGAGACUGAGGGGAGGGAGAGAGAAAGGAGAGAAAGAAAGGGGGAGUUAAGGGGGGGCAGCAGAAAAAGAUUGUCUCAGAGUCGUCAGCAGAAGUGAUGGACUCAGCACAUAGAAAGUGAUAGUCUUCUCCUACCGGGCUACAGAGAGCACACUGACCAGAUGCUGCUGGCCUCUCACUGCCUGCUGCUCUAUCACUGCCUCUGAGGAAACUACUCAUUACAUCUAACACAUUUGGAUGUAUUCUCUUUUAAUUGGUAAGUGUCUAAAAUCUUUUGAGGUAUUUUUUUUAAAUCCUUGCUCAGGGCCUACAGUACAAAGGACUUAUUCCCAGCAAGUGCAGCUCCUGGUUGUAAUAACAUGAUUCAAACCACAGUCAACUAUUGAAUGAGUUUACUCAGGUGCCAAAGAGCAAGUGAUCCAGAGAGAGAGGGACAGCCCCAAGCAGCUUUUACACAGACUGGUGAUGACUUUCUUCAAGGGGACACGUCAAUCAGUGUUGCCGGGAGGGCAAGGGAACUGAAGGGAUAACAAGCUACAGUCUACAAUUAUCUGGUGUGUGUGAGUGAGAGCCCUUCCCAGACUGAUGGAGCUCCCUGUGGUGCUGCUGUUCCUAGUGUAUGGUCUUGUCUCUGGAGCCCAGCAGUCCCAGGGUCAGGGGAACCCUCAGGAGAACAACCCCCAGGCCAGGAGCAAGGAAAGGGAGAGCAGUGAGGAUGGCCUGGAGAGAGAGUUCCUGUAUGCUGGGCAGAGGAGCAGGCGAGCCCCCGCCGAACCUCAGCAGCCUGAUCAAUGUUCCUACACCUUUAUCGUUCCCCAGCAGAAGGUGACAGGGGCCAUCUGUGUGAACCGCAAGGAGCCGGAUGCAGCGCUGGAGAACCGCGUCAACAAGCAGGAGCUGGAGCUGCUGAACGAGGAGCUGCAGAAGCAGAAGAGGCAGAUCGAGACGCUGCAGCAGCUAGUGGAGGUGGACGGAGGCAUCGUAAACGAGGUGAAGCUGCUGAGGAAGGAGAGCAGGAACAUGAACUCCAGGGUGACCCAGCUCUACAUGCAGCUGCUACACGAGAUCAUCAGGAAGAGGGACAACGCCCUGGAGCUGUCCCAGAUGGAGAACCGCAUCCUCAACCAGACCUCGGAGAUGCAGCAGCUCACUAACCGCUACAAGGACCUGGAGCACAAGUACCAGCACCUGGCCUCUCUGGCCAACAACCAGUCAGUCCUCAUCGCCCAGCUGGAGGAGCAGUGCCAGGGUCGGCCCGUCAGCCCCCCUCGCCCUGUUCCCGUCCCCCAGCCAAGGCCACAGCCCCCAGCCACACCUGCACCAUCACCACCCAUCAACAAGCCCUACCAACCUCCCACCUACCCACGCCUCACCAACCAGAUCACCAACGAGAUUCAGAGUGACCAGAAGUCUGUACUGCCUGUCAUUCCUACCAUGCCCAGCGGCACAGGCAGCCCCUCUAUCACUACCAAACCCUCUGGGCCAUGGAAGGACUGCCUACAGGCCCUUGAGGAUGGCCACACGGCCAGUGGCAUGUACCUGGUGAAGCCAGAGAACGCCAACAAACUAAUGCAGGUGUGGUGUGACCAGAGACACGACCCUGGUGGCUGGACCGUCAUCCAGAGGAGACUGGACGGCUCAGUGAACUUCUUCAGGAACUGGGAGACUUACAAGCAAGGCUUUGGGAACAUCGAUGGAGAGUAUUGGCUGGGCCUGGAGAACAUCUACUGGCUGACCAACCAGAGGAACUACAAGCUGCUGGUGACUCUGGAAGACUGGUCUGGCAGGAAGGUGUUUGCAGAGUAUGCCAGCUUCAGGCUGGAGCCUGAGGCAGACUUCUACAAGCUCAGGGUGGGCCGCUACCAUGGCAACGCCGGAGACUCCCUCACCUGGCACAAUGGCAAACAGUUCACUACGCUGGACAGAGACCAUGAUGCAUAUACAGGUAACUGCGCCCACUACCAGAAGGGAGGCUGGUGGUACAAUGCAUGUGCUCAUUCUAACCUCAACGGAGUAUGGUACAGAGGAGGACACUACCGCAGUCGCUACCAAGAUGGAGUCUACUGGGCUGAAUUCAGAGGAGGUGCCUACUCCCUGAAGAAAGUAUCUAUGAUGAUACGACCGAACCCAAACACCUUUCAUUAAAUAUCCAUUAACAAGACAAAUUAGCCCCUUUUCAAAACGACUUCCUCUCCACAAAAACUUAAAUUCAAACAACAACUCUUGAACUCUGAAAUAAAGGCAUCUCACCCAGCUAGAUCAAGAAGAUGAUGACAUAGAAAGUGCAAUAUCUAAGCCUCAGGCAGGACUCUUGGAAGAGCAAUAAAGGAGAAGCAGGGUGCAUCCUGUUGCUCCACAGACAAACACAUGUAACGGUGUGGCUGUAUGCUUGCUUCGCUCCCUUUAAAUUUAGUUCAAAUGUGUCUGUUUACUUAACUUUGAGCAAAGUGCACUGCUGCCUUAGAACUGAUGGUACGGUGUGAUUCAUAUGGGAGGAAAAGAGGAGAGCGUAUGUCAGUUCACAGUGCUCACACUAAGUAGCUUGGGAUAGCAAUCCUAUAUUGUAGUCCGUAUGUGUUAUAGUGCAGAACAUAAUUUUAUGAGAAUGAAGAUGACACAGGACAAUAUAUCCAGUGACUAGCAUUAUGGUGUUUAAAUCAAGCUCUUCAGGUGAGUAAUUUAUAGGAAACAAUAAUCACAUUUCUUAAACCAUGGUAUAGACAGGUACUCUUAAUAUGUUAGCCAUUAUCUUUGUCAACAUACACAAUCAAAUGUCUACCACCUAUGUAAAAGGGGGAAUAGAUACAAUAGUUUGCUCUAGUACUGGUACUGUCAACAGUUAUGACCUGAUAUCUGGCUUACAAACUCAAAGUAAACAAUGAUUUAGAUCAUUCCACUAAACAUACUGCUAGUGUGGCGGAGUGCAAGGUACAGGGAAUAAUGACAACUCACUUAAUCAUACAGUGCAUUCGGAAAAUAUUCAAACCCCUUGACUUUUUUCACAUUUUGUUACGUUACAGACUUAUUCUAAAAUUAAUUAAAUCGUUUUCCCCCCCUCAUCAAUCUACACACAAUACCCCAUAAUGACAAAACAAAAACAGGUUUUUAGAAAGUUUAGCAAAUUUAUACAUAAAAAAUAAAAAAAUGAAAUAUCACAUUUACAUAAGUAUUCAGACCCUUUACUCUACUUUGUUGGAGCACCUUUGGCAGCGAUUACAGCCUUGAGUCUUCUUUGCUAUGAUGCUACAAACUUGGAACACCUGUAUUUGGGGGAGUUUCUCCCAUUCUUCUCUGCAGAUCCUCUCAAGCUCUGCCACGAUUGGAUGGGGAGUGUCGCUGCACAGCUAUUUUCAGGUCUCUCCAGAGAUGUUCGAUCAGGUUCAAGUCCAGGCUCUGGCUGGGCCACUCAAGGACAUACAGAGACUUGUCCCAAAGCCACUCCUGCGUUGUCUUGGCUGUGUGCUUAGGGUCAUUGUCCUGUUGGAAGGUGAACCUUCACCCCAGUCUGAGGUCCUGAGCACUCUGGAGCAGGUUUUCAUCAAAGAUCUCUCUGUACUUUUCUCUGUUCAUCUUUCCCUUGAUCCUGACUAGUCUCCCAGUCCCUUCCGCUGAAAAACAUCCCCACAGCAUGCCACUACCAUGCUUCACUGUAGGGAUGGUGCCAGGUUUCCUCCAGAUAUGACGCUUGGCAUUCAGGCCAAAGAGUUCAAUCUUAGUUUCAUCAGACCAGAGAAUCUUGUUUCUUAUGAGCGGAGUUCUUUAGGUGCCUCCAAGCGGCGCUCGUGCCUUUUACUGAGGAGUGGCUUCCGUCUGGGCACUCUACCAUAAAGGCCUGAUUGGUGGAGUGCUGCAGAGAUGGUUGUCCUUCUGGAAGGUUCUCCCAUCUUCACAGAGGAACUCUGGAACUCUGUCAGAGUGACCAUCAGUUUCUUGGUCACUCCCUGACCAAGGCCCUUGUCCCCUGAUUGCUCAGUUUAGCUGGGCGGCCAGCUCUAGGAAGAGUCUUGAUGGUUCCAAACUUCUUCCAUUUAAGACCGAUGGAGGCCACUGUGUUCUCUGGGGACCUUCAAUGCUGCAGACAUUUUUUGGUACCCUUCCCCAGAUCUGUGCCUCGACACAAUCCUGUCUCAGAGCUCUACGGACAAUUCCUUCGACCUCAUUGCUUGGUUUUUUGCUCUGACAUGCAUUGUCAACUGUGGGACCUUAUAUAGACAGACGUGUGCCUUUCCAAAUCAUGUCCAAUAAAUUGAAUUUACCACAGGUGGACUCCAAUCAAGUUGUAGAAACAUCUCUUUGUUUGAUCAAUGGGAACAGGAUGCACCUCAGCUCAAUUUCGAGUCUCAUAGCAAAGGGUUUGAAUACUUACGUAAAUAAGGUAUUUCUGUCUUUGUUUUUUUUAUACAUUUGCAAAAAAAAAAAAAAUAAUAGUUUUUGCUUUGUCAUUAUGGGUUAUUGUGUGUAGAUUGAUGAGGAACACAAAACAUUUAAACCAUUUAGAAUAAGGCUGUAACGUAACAAAAUGUGGAAAAAGUCAAGGGGUAUGAAAUCUUUCCGAAUGCACUGUAAGUCUAGAUGGUAGAGUGAUAUUCUAUAAAAUAUAAUGGUUACCUGCAGCAGUCAUAUUUAAUAUUACUUUAUGACAUGAAACCUCAAAUGUAAGGCCAGGUAUUAAUUUGCUUGCAACAAAGCAACCAAGCAAUGUAUGUACUGUAUAAAUUAAUUGUUGGUGUAAAUUGAGCCAACACAUUUUGUCUGUACAUAAAAUAUAUUUGUAAUAUAACGUAACAAAGCUAACAUGUAUCACUAUACAGUUGCAAUAAACAAUGUGCAGCUUCUUUGAGAGUUUUUCUGUAGUACAGACACAACUGUAAAUGUAUAUUCUAUUGUAUUACCUUGUAUCUGUUCACGUGUCUUGGAUCUAGUAUUAUAGGCCAUAAACACACAUAGAGAGAGAGCGAGAGAGAGUAAUGCUCAACAUGAGCUCCUGAUAUAUUUCAUAUUUUUUUGUUUUUAGAAUGAGAUAAAAACUCUAAUCGAAAAAGAAUUCCAGACAAGAAGUGAUGAACAACAACUCUAUUCAUUCAGAAUAGAAAAAAAAGUAACUUUGCGCCUCAACUUAAGAAGUUUUGAGUAUAGCUAGCUAGCUACACAACAAAGACCUAGCCAGCAGACUAACAAGCUAGCCAGAAGAAACGAGCUAGAACAAACCUAGCAAGGGCAGUUAAUACAACUACAUCAAACGACCAAACUGAGUGAGUAAACCAAAAAGGAGCACGGACUAACUUUAAACGUAUCUUCUGUUCUUUUGUAUGAGGAUUUGUCACUCGUUUAGCUGGUUUUUAAACUAAAUUAGUGCUAACAGCAGACGAACAAAUCGGUUGCCAUGGCAACGGGGCAGCAGAACAGCGCAUCAGUAGUAGCGGAGCCCACAGGCACCAUGUCGCCGCUCGCCCUCAGCGCAGAAUCCAUUCUCUACCCUAAAGAGGCCAAACAUGACACAAUGAGGAAAGCUUUAUACAGAAACUACUAAAGGGGAGGCGAGAAACCCUUUUUGCAGACCUCUACAAAAACGGUGAUGUGAGUAAUGUCAUCUUCCUCACUGACCAGCCAAAUGCAUGGCGCUCAGCAGUGUGCUCUCACUACCCAUCCAUAAAGAAAGAGGGAAUCUGUAAUGGGUGGAAGCUGAAAAUCAAAGAGACAGACGACCCUGACAGCACCAUGAUAACAAUCAACCUCUACAAGACUGGGACUGGUAGGUAACAUUAGGCUGUUUGAAACAGACUUUCAGACCAUUAAGGAGUUAAUGGUUACCUGCAGCAGUCAUAUUUUAAUAUUACUUUAUGACAUGAAACCUCAAAUGUAAGGCCAGGUAUUCAUUUGCUUGCAACAAAGCAACCAAGCAAUGUAUGUACUGUAUAAAUUAAUUGUUGGUUAAUGGUUACCUGCAGCAGUCACAUUUUAAUAUUACUUUAUGACAUGAAACCUCAAAUGUAAGGCCAGGUAUUAAUUUGCUUGCAACAAAGCAACCAAGCAAUGUAUGUACUGUAUAAAUUAAUUGUUGGUGUAAAUUGAGCCAACACAUUUUGUCUGUACAUAAAAUAUAUUUGUAAUAUAACGUAACAAAGCUAACAUGUAUCACUAUACAGUUGCAAUAAACAAUGUGCAGCUUC